AUGGCAUUGGCACAGAUGUCGAUGAUCCCUCGUUCUGCGCCGGCGCUUAUAUUCUUACGCAUGGCGUGGGUUACUGGGUCAGCUGAGCGAUCCUUAUCUUAUAAGCUGAUGACCAUAUUGCUGCCACGUGCAGCGCACAACAGAGUCCCGCUUGAUUCAGAAGUUGAGGCAGAGGCAGGAGGGAUCGCUACGAGGCGAGAUGAUGGUGGCAUACAGGGCCCGCACGCGCCUGCAACAAAUAGGGUCGAGAGGCAGCAACGCGUCCUUUGCUCUCGACGAUCGAUCGAGCUUCCAGUCGAAUUAUGGUGGAAAGUGAUCGAUUUUAUAGCGGACGGGAUCCCAAGGUGGGAGAAUGGCAGAAUUCGCAUGCGAGAGCUGGCGAGGGUGAGUCGAGUGUGGUACACUCGGUGUCGCUUCCGCGCCGAGGAGAGGCUGGAUAUCAUCGAGAGAAACAAGAAGGAGGUGUAUUGGCUGAUCGGGAGACUGAACGAAUAUCCGGAGCGAUACGAUGCGAUCAAGAAGGUGCAUUUCGAGAACGACAAAAUCAAUACGUUUGGGUCGUUUGUUAUCUGCAUGGCAGGGAGGUUGACCCAGGUGGAGACGCUCGAGCUCUCUAGUCAUAGUUCGGGAUCGUGCGAUUGGGAUCCCGGGCAGCUUCACACGCAGGUCUUCUUGCAUGUGAGGAUCGCGUUUGAGUCUGUGACCACCCUCGGUCUCAUCUGGGUCUCUUUUCCUUCUGCGGUGGUAUUUGGGCGACUGCUCUAUUCCCUUCCGUGCCUCGCCUCGCUAACAUGCAACUACGUGACAUUCAAGAAGCGAGGUAUUUUGCUGGGCACAGUCUCAAGCCCCCUUCGACUUGCCACUGUGGAUUUAGUUAACAGCCGUGACGUCGUCGACUUUCUUGUUAUAACUAGGGCUGGUGCCUCCCUCCGCCAUAUUGCUGCCUGUCACGAUCAAGAUCGGGAAGCGUGCUCGCGGUUGAUCCGUGUCGCUGCCUUUUCGCUCUCUUCCCUCCUCUUCAGUGUGCAUAGUGGGCGCAAUCCGAACAAGUCUGAUGAUCUUCUUCCAGAUCUCACUCCUGCUUAUAACUUGCGUUCCCUGUCAAUUGAACUCGGACCCGCCUUUGACUCGCAGCAGCUAGCAGCCGCCUUGCCUCGAGCAUAUCUUCCCAACCUACGUGAAAUGGAGAUCACUAUACUGUGGUUCAGUGACAACCUGAAGUUUAAGUAUUUUGACGACGAUUCGUAUGCGCAUAUCGAUCGGGUUCUUUCAGGGCCUCGAUUUCCCGCUCUUCGAAAAGUAACCUGGCACCCCCGAUGCCGUAUUACUCGCAGUAAGGUGGCGGAUGUAACGUCUGAGGUCUCCUGGCGCGAGCACCUUUCGUCAAAGCUCCCGCUCCUCCAUGCUAGUGGGCGGCUCUUAGUCUCCCUGUCUGUCGAUGUAGACAAUGAGGACAAGUUUUCUUCGCGGACGUUUUAA